UUGUGGGUAUGUGCCAUGUGUUCCUCUGGGCAACAUCAACAUGGAUUCGUCAAUCACCCAAGCUGUACCACAGCUUGUACCACAGGAAGGAGACAUUGUGGUCAAGUUAACCGCAAGAAAUGCUAUGGAAGCUGACCUGGGUGAGCUCAUCGAACGGUACUGGUACGACGUCCGAUUCAACGUUUUUAUCGAGGGUCGUAAGUCCACAACUUAUUGCGUCAGCACCGAGCAGCCAUCCACCGUUCACCUGCAGCAGCUCAGGCCCAUCGAGAUCGCCAAAGGACACUACGAGGUCUCGUUGCUUAUCCUAGCGUCCAAGGAACUGCCGGAGCUCCAGUUAGAGACGUGCGAGCUACCCAAGCUCUUUCUGACGAUUAAACUAAAAUACGAAGUCCGAGACUGGAAGACACCGCCCACGAAGGUUCGCAAGGGCAUCACCUGUAUCGGCUACGUAAUCGACGAGGACGAAGAGUUCCACUACAAAGAGUGACCACGGGGUCACCACGUGAUCAU